AUGUAUUUCUUGGAUUAUUAUUGUGAUAUGUUUGAUUAUGUUAUAAGUAGAAGACAGAGAACAAAAAGUGUUUUAAAUUAUUUGGAACGUAACCAAAACUCUCUCUCCACUGAAGAAUUGAAUAAUGAAUGGACGGCAUAUUUACAACAGGAGCAUGAUGUCCUGAGAAAAAGAAGGCUGAAACCUAAGAAUAAAGAUUUUGAAAUGAUUACACAAGUAGGACAAGGUGGAUAUGGCCAAGUUUAUUUGGCAAGAAAGAGAGAUACUAAAGAAGUUUGUGCUCUAAAGAUAUUGAACAAGAAGCUCUUAUUCAAAUUAAAUGAAACUAACCAUGUCUUAACCGAAAGAGAUAUAUUGACCACGACUAGAUCAGAUUGGUUGGUUAAACUAUUAUAUGCGUUCCAAGAUACGGAAAGUCUAUAUUUGGCAAUGGAGUUUGUGCCAGGUGGAGAUUUCCGUACGCUACUUAUAAAUACUAGAUUUUUGAGAAAUACACACGCCAGAUUUUACAUUAGUGAAAUGUUUUGUGCUGUGAACGCCCUACAUGAAUUAGGUUAUACUCAUAGAGAUCUAAAGCCAGAAAAUUUUUUAAUUGACUCAGAAGGUCAUAUAAAACUGACUGAUUUUGGUCUCGCUGCCGGUACUAUAUCUACUGAAAGAAUUCAAAGUAUGAAAAUAAGAUUGGAAGAAGUUAAAAAUUUAGAAUUUCCAGCGUUCACUGAGAAAUCCAUUGAAGAUAGAAGAAAAAUGUACACUCAUUUAAGGCAAACCGAGGUAAACUAUGCUAAUUCCAUGGUCGGUUCUCCAGAUUAUAUGGCUUUAGAAGUUUUAGAAGGUAAGAAAUAUGACUUUACUGUCGAUUAUUGGUCUUUGGGCUGUAUGCUUUUUGAGAGUUUAGUUGGUUAUACCCCAUUUAGUGGUUCUUCUACUAAUGAAACAUAUGAAAAUUUGAGGCAUUGGAAGAAAACGCUGAGGAGACCAGUACUAGAUAAUGGAAGGCCUGCAUUCUCAGAUAGAACAUGGGAUAUAAUAACCAGAUUGAUCGCUGAUCCAAUAAAUAGAUUAAGAUCCUUUGAACAUAUUAAGAGAAUGCCCUAUUUUGCAGAAGUGAAUUUUAAUACUUUAAGACAAUCCGCACCACCUUUUACUCCUCAAUUAGAUAGUGAAACAGAUGCAGGUUAUUUCGAUGAUUUUACCAAUGAAGCUGAUAUGGCAAAGUACGCUGAUGUUUUCAAAAGACAAAAUAAACUUUCUUCUAUGGUAGAUGAUUCAGCAGUCGAUUCAAAACUGGUAGGGUUUACAUUCAGGCAUAGAAAUGGGCAAAAAGGACUAAGUGGUAUAUUGUAUAAUGGUUCAGAGCAUUCAGAUCCAUUUGCCACUUUCUACUGA